AUGCCUGCCAGUCAGUUGGAUGCUCCUCUAGCCAACGGGCACGACGGCCACGUCCAUCCGCCAGCAACGUCAGCCAAGAAGGCCAAGGGCAAGAAAGCCAUGGAUUCAAACGAGGCCACGCGCCUUCUCCACGCGCGCAUCUCCCAGCUGGAGCAAGAUGCCGCUGGGGAGAAGGAUCAAGAGCUGGAAAUCGAGCGCGAAGUCAAAAGGGCGAACCGAGACCUUCUGCAGCAGGUUUCCAAAAUGGACAACAUGCAAAAGAUUGACCAUCUCACCAAGCGGUCCAGUGAACUGCUGGCUGACAUGCGACGACUCGAGCGUGAGAAUCAAAAGAACAAGCGACGAGGCGACAACCUGCAAAAGGAACGAGAUACAGGCCGAACCGAGCUUAGCAAGACGGUUGGACUCAAGGAGAAACUCGAGAAGCUGUGCCGCGAACUGCAGCGUGACAACAACAGGAUGAAGACCGAGAACAAGGAACUUCAAACAACCCAGAAGCGGAACAACACUCACUGGGAUGAGAAGUACGCUACGCUGUUGUCGAAACUCGAGGGAUACCAGGAAGAGAAGGAUACUCCGAAAAAGCAGGUCGUGGACAUGGAGGUUGACGAACUCUUUCGAGUGCGCUUCAAGUCCUUCAUCGAGCAAUACGAAUUACGCGAGCUACAUUUCCACUCACUCAUGCGGACCAAAGAACUCGAAGUCCAAUAUCACAUGGCUCGGUACGAGAGAGAAAAGAAGAAUGCCGAAGGCGAAUCAGCCAAGGCCCGGCACCUCCAAGCCCAAGUUCAAGCCUUCACUAAGACGGAGACGGAGCUCAGGAAUCAACUCAACGUCUACGUGGAUAAGUUUAAGCAGGUUGAGGAUACCCUGAACAAUAGCAACGACCUGUUUUUGUCGUUCCGCAAGGAGAUGGAGGACAUGUCCAAGAAGGGCAAGCGGUUAGAGAAGGAGAACGAGGCUCUGAAGCGCCAAAAGGAGGCGACAGCGGCCAACAUCAUCCGCAUGGCCGAGGAGCGCCAGGAAUGGAAGAAGAAGACAGAGUCGGCCGAGAAGAAGUCGGAGAAGCUCAUGAGUAUCAUCCAACAGAUGCAACAGCAAGGACGCAAGGUACCGCCCGGCAUGGCCAACACGGUCGAGAGCUGUUACUCGGACAGCCACGGAGGGAAUGAAGGGGACGAGAGCGACUACUCUGACGAAGAGGGCGAGGAGGAAGAACUUAGCGAGUUCGACGAUGAUACAGAGGAGGAACCGCAAAGCAAUGAGCAAGGGACCCCGGUGCCUUUUGGCCCUGAGCGUCCUCCUCAGCCAGCUCCUGCGGCCGCUACCAACGGACACUAG